CCGCCAUGGGCGCCGCGGGGCCGCUCUGCGCCCUGCUCCUGCUGCUGGCCACCGGGACCGGCACCGGGACCGGGACGGGGCCAGCUCCACCGCGCCUGGUACUCGCCCUCCUGGCCCGGAACGCGCAGCACUCUCUGCCGCACUGCCUGGGAGCCCUGGAGCGCUUGGACUAUCCCGCGGGCAGCAUCGCCCUGUGGUGUGCAACAGACCACAACUCAGACAACACAACAGCAAUGCUGCAGGAGUGGCUGGGGGCGGUGGGGAAGGACUAUCACUCAGUGGUCUGGAAGGUGCAAGAGGAGCCCAGCUCCUACCCUGAUGAGCUUGGUCCCAAGCACUGGAGUGACAAACGCUAUGAAAAUGUGAUGAAGUUGAAGCAGGAAGCUCUCACCUAUGCCCGGGAGCAGCAGGCAGACUACAUCCUGUUCAUGGACACUGACAGCAUCCUGACCAACAACCAGACUCUCAAGUUUCUCAUGGCGCAGAACAAGUCAGUGGUGGCCCCCAUGCUGGACUCGCAGACCUUCUACUCCAACUUCUGGUGUGGCAUCACACCCCAGGGGUUCUAUCGCCGGACAGCCGACUACUUCCCCACCAAGAACCGGCAGCGUGUGGGCUGCUUCCGAGUGCCCAUGGUCUAUGCCACCUUCCUGAUCGACCUGCGGAAGGAGGACACCUUGCAGUUGGCUUUCUACCCACCCCACCCCAACUACACCUGGGCCUUCGAUGACAUCAUUGUCUUUGCCUACUCCUGCCAGGAGGCUGGUGUGGAGGUCCAUGUGUGCAACCAGCACCACUUUGGUUACAUCAAUGUUCCUGUGAAGGCCCACCAGACGCUGGAGGAUGAUCAUGCCAACUUUGUGCAUCUCACACUGGAGGCCAUGGUGGAUGGUCCACCCAUGCAGCGCUCCAGGCACAUUUCCCUCCUGCCCAGGCCGCUCACAAAAAUAGGCUUUGAUGAAAUCUUCCUAAUCAAUCUGGUGCGGAGGCCAGACCGGCGGCAGCGAAUGCUGGCAUCCCUGCAGGAGCUGGAGAUCAUUCCACGGGUGGUGGAUGCUGUGGAUGGCAGCACCCUCAACAGCAGUGACAUCAAGGUGCUGGGUGUGGGCUUGCUACCCGGGUACUAUGAUCCCUUCUCUGGCCGCACGCUCACCAAGGGCGAGGUUGGCUGCUUCCUCAGCCACUACAAUAUCUGGAAGGAGAUUGUGUUCCGGGGGUUGGAGCGGUCAGUGGUCUUCGAGGAUGAUGUGCGCUUCGAGGCUGCCUUCCCAGCACGGCUGCAGCGGCUGAUGGAGGAGCUGGAGCGGGCACAGCAGGACUGGGACCUCAUCUACCUGGGGAGGAAACAGGUGAACGACGAGGAAGAGGCACCUGUGGAAGGCGUGCGGAACCUGGUGGUGGCUGGGUACUCGUACUGGACACUGGCCUACGCCAUCUCCCACCACGGGGCACGGAAGCUGCUGGCCACCAAACCACUCUCCAAAAUGCUGCCCGUGGACGAGUAUCUGCCCAUCAUGUAUGACAAGCACCCCAAUGAGGAUUACAAGCGGCACUUCUCCCCACGGGACUUGCUGGUGUUUUCAGCUCACCCCCUCCUGGUUUAUCCCACUCACUAUGCUGGGGACAGCAACUGGCUGAGUGACACUGAGACUUCCACCAUCUGGGAUGACGAUGCCAAGAAGACUGACUGGGUUGGCUCGCAGAAGACGCUGAGGGACUCACGGGGCAGUGCUGGCCACCUCCGCUCCACGGCCCGUGACGAGCUCUGAUGGGAUGAGGGAUUUUGAUCCAGCUGGGAGCACCAUGGGCAAGGACCUUAAACUGCCUGCUCCCUCUCAGGAAAUGCAGCUGCCCUGGACAGAGCCCCACAGGAUUCUUCAAAUCUGCAUGAAUCCACCCAAGGCAGGAUUUGCCCCAGGAAAGCUUUUCCCUGCCAAGUGGAGAGACCAGAGGAGCACUGUGCUCCAUCUCUGCUGAGGACACAUCUCCAGGACAGUCCCAAGUGAUGCCAACUCUGCCAUCUCCAGCAGCCUGGACUUUGGGGAGUGGACUUUGGGCUGGCACACGUGGUGGCCUCCUGCCACCAACUGGGCUUGCCCCUCAUGCCAUGCCUGGGUGGAAGCCCAGGGAGGAUUAAAACAGACUGUUUGAGCUGA